UGUGUGUGUGUGUGUUAGUGUGUGCGUUGCGUGUGUGUGGACAGGAUGGCUCGUGUGCGUUUACUACCCCAGCGCCUGCUACUUCAAGCCUCGGUUAUAGCAGUAGUAGCAGUCAGCAGUAGUAGCAGUAGUAGUAGUUUCUCCCCCUCCGUCUACGACUACUACGACUUUUUGGAAAUUCCUCGCGCCCAAAAAAGGAGCGACAACCCACAAGUAGCCCAACUUCCCGCCCAACGAGCCCCGAGAUUCCAGCCCAAUCGACGCCCUUUUAAGCCCUCCCCGCCCUUCCCAGCCCCAUACAAGCCCAAACCAAGCUUCAGGGAGUCCUCUAAGCCUAUUUCCCCCUAUUUCCAGCCCAAAACUAAGCCUAGGUAUCAGGAAAUAGGAGGAUUUAGACAGCCAAGCCCAAAUCCAUCUUUUUCUCGCCCAAGCGUCGGCCAUUUUAACGGGGAUGUAAAUAAACCAAUAUAUAAGCCUUUUUCCAGCCCGAAUCAAGGGGAGAGGCCGCCCUUAUCACAUGAAUGGAAGCCUGAUAGUCCCUCCUCCCCCUUUUACUAUCAGGAGGAGGAGAGAGAGGGAGAUAAACCACUAUUUGAUGUUUAUGAAUUUGACGAACCCGAUUUCCCCGUGACAUCAAGUUCAAGUGAUGAGCUAUUUUACCCUAGACAUAAGAAAAGCCCCCUAGCGCCUACAUAUGAGGCCGGAAAGCCCUCAUACCGCCCUGAAUAUGAGGCGGAAUCACCCUUAUACCCAACAUAUGAGGAGGAGGAGCCCAGGCACCCGUAUAAGCCCAGAUAUGAGGACGAAUAUCAGUAUGAGGAAGAAUUCGUUAGCCCUAGCAUUGAGGAACAUACCUAUAGGCCUAGUUAUGAGGAAAACCACUCAGUAGGCCUCGAAUAUAAGGAGAAUAGGCCUAUACAACCUCAUGAGCUCGUCUCCUCAUUCCCAAAACCCUCAUACCCGGAAUUUAGGGUAGAAAACGAAGGUCCACUCAGGGAGACUACCCCAGAUUACCCUAGAUAUGAGGUAGAUGACGAUACUGGUCGACUCCACCCGACGUAUGUGGAUGAUGAGGGAAGAGGAGGAGGUGGAGGAGGUGGAAGAGGGUAUGGAGAGGAGGAUAAGGGAUCUGGCUACCCGUAUGAGGAGGAAUUCGAACCCCCGAGACAGAGAGAAGAGAAUUACAGGCAAAAAUAUAAGGACGAAUCCAGUCCGCCAUUCCGCCCUAGCUUUCGAGAGGAGGAGGAAGAGAGGAGGAGGAGGGAGGAAGAAGAGGAGGAAGAGGAGAAGAUGAUAGAGAAGAGAGAAGUGGAUAGUGAUAGUGGUCAUCUGGACGCCAAUGGAAGAGAGUUCGUAGCAGACGCAGCCAAGGUGGAGGGUGGGGGGGAGGGGGAGGGGCGCCUAGCCUUCCAAAUCCACGGGCAGCAAGGACCCCACUCCUACCGCUUUGGCUACGAUACGGGCAAAGGGCACAAUCGGCAGUUCCGCUACGAGGAGAGAGGGGCGGAUGGUCAGGUCCACGGGCGGUAUGGAUUCUACGACAAGGACGGCAAGUUGCAGGUGGUCAACUAUUCCGCCCACCCAAAGCAUGGAUUCUCGGCGGAUGUGCCCAAACACUAGUGGAGGAGGAGGAGGAGGAGGAGGAGGAGGAAGAAGAGAGAGAGGAUAGUUUGAAAGGAAAAUGAUGAAGAAAUGUAAAUAGGAAAUGGAAGAGAAGAAGGAGGAAGAGGAGGAGAAGAGAGGAUAGUUUGAAAGGAAAACUAAGCAAAAGAAAAGUAUAUCAGAAAUGGUAGAGGAGGAGGAGGAAGAGGAGGAAGAGGAGGAAGAGGAAGAGGAGGAAGAAAGUUUGUAAAGUUUCGUUUAGUGGGCGCAACAUCUGUGGUCAUAUGCUGGAGAGAGACAGAAGGGGAAGGAAUUAUAGGAGGGAACAGACCCCAGGAGACGAGACACAACCCCUGACUAAUACCUGGUACACUGCUGGGUGGACAGGGGCGUAGGGUAUCGGAAAAGC